ACUCAAGGUGUGUGCCAGACAGUACUCUGUCACCAAGUAAUCACUGUCCCUUCACCCACAGUGAGUUUUUUGAACAGCUUUCCCUCCCUGGGAAAGGUCAGUAGAUUGUAUUCCCUUUGUUCCUUAGGUGACAGCGGGAAGGUGACCACAGUGGUAGCCACUCUAGGCCAAGGCCCAGAGCGUUCCCAAGAGGUGGCUUACACUGACAUCAAAGUGAUUGGCAAUGGCUCAUUUGGAGUCGUGUACCAGGCACGGCUGGCAGAGACAAGGGAACUAGUGGCCAUCAAGAAGGUUCUUCAGGACAAAAGGUUCAAGAACCGAGAGCUGCAGAUUAUGCGUAAGCUGGACCACUGCAAUAUCGUGAGGCUGCGGUACUUUUUCUACUCCAGUGGCGAGAAGAAAGAUGAGCUGUAUUUAAACCUGGUGCUGGAGUAUGUGCCCGAGACGGUGUACCGGGUGGCCCGGCACUUUACCAAGGCCAAGCUGAUUAUCCCUAUCAUCUAUGUCAAGGUGUACAUGUACCAGCUCUUCCGGAGCCUGGCCUACAUCCACUCCCAAGGUGUGUGUCACCGUGACAUCAAGCCCCAGAAUCUGCUUGUGGACCCCGACACUGCCGUCCUCAAGCUCUGCGAUUUCGGCAGUGCAAAGCAGUUGGUUCGGGGGGAGCCCAAUGUUUCCUACAUCUGUUCUCGGUACUACCGUGCCCCAGAGCUCAUCUUCGGAGCCACAGAUUACACCUCAUCCAUCGAUGUGUGGUCAGCUGGCUGUGUGCUGGCUGAGCUGCUUCUCGGCCAGCCCAUCUUCCCUGGGGACAGUGGUGUGGACCAGCUUGUGGAGAUCAUCAAGGUACUAGGAACACCAACCCGGGAACAGAUCCGAGAGAUGAACCCCAACUACACAGAGUUCAAGUUCCCACAGAUCAAAGCUCAUCCCUGGACAAAGGUGUUCAAAUCCCGGACGCCACCUGAGGCCAUUGCGCUGUGCUCGAGCCUGCUGGAGUACACUCCGUCCUCAAGGCUCUCCCCCCUGGAGGCCUGUGCGCACAGCUUCUUCGAUGAACUGCGGUGUCUCGGAACCCAGCUCCCCAACAACCGCCCGCUUCCCCCCCUCUUCAACUUCAGCCCUGGUGAACUCUCCAUCCAACCGUCUCUCAAUGCCAUUCUCAUCCCUCCUCACUUGAGGUCCCCAGCAGGCCCUACUACCCUCACCUCGUCCUCACAAGCUUUAACUGAGACUCAGAGCGGCCCAGACUGGCAGGCGCCUGGAAACCCUUCUUCCUGUCUGGCAGCCUAUUUCCAGAGGUGAGGGGGUUCAGGGUUUAUUAUGAGUUGUACCUCAGGCAGGGAACACUGAGGACGG